AUGGCCGAGACGGGUCAGCCGGUGCUGCAUACGGCUCUAAUUAAUUUAGUACAUGGAACCAAGCCUACAGUACGGUUCCCACACCCAUGUGACGUGUUCAUAAAUCACCGUACAGUUGAUACGAGAUGUACAGGGGUUCGCUUACUGUACGACCAUCUGAUUCAGCAACGAUGCAAGCCAUUCUUGGACAUAGAAACUAUGAAACCUGGAGAUAGGUUGUUGGACACAAUUGAUAAAGCUAUACGAGGAUGUAAGGUUGGGGUUGCUGUCUUUUCGCCUCGCUAUUGUGACUCUUAUUUCUGUCUCCAUGAGCUCUCACUCCUCGUGGAAUCGAAGAAACGAAUCGUUCCCAUUUUCUAUGAUGUGAAGCCGUCACAGCUUCGUGUUAAGGACAGUGCAAUUUGGGGCUGUUCCCAAAAAGAUCUCAAGAGGUUUAAUUUGGCAACUGAAGAAGCUAAAUCCAUUGUGGGGCUGCCCUUCGACUCCCUCCAAUGGAAAUUCAUGGGCCUCAGCUUCAAGAUUGAAAGUGAUUGA